CAGAAGAAGAAGAAGAAGCAGAAGCAGCAGAAGAAGAAGUAGUUCCGGUGGCUAACAUGCUAACUGGGUAAAGAGAAGCAGCAGGAACCCGCCGCAGAGGAACCCGCUGCAGAGGAACCCGCUGCAGAGGAAAAACUGUCGGGAGGUUUCAGACUCAGCUGCUCUUGGCUAACGAUGCUAACGGAGGCUAGCGCUGCUCGCUAACAGGAAGUAGCCGGAGAGUCCAGUUUAUCAGAGAGCUGCUGGAGCCUGAAGUCCGGGACCGGGAGGAGCUGCUGGAGGUUUUUACACUUUACUGCUUAUUCUCACUGUAAACUGCCUUUACUGCAGUAAAAGUACCACUGUGUGAAAAUACUCCACUGCGAGUAAAAGUCCUGCAUUCAAACCUUCCUUCAGUAAAAGUAUACGAGCCCCAGUCUGGACCAGGAGGACCUAAUGGAGCCCCCACACAUUAAAGAGGAGUGUAGCCCCAGCCUGGACCAUGAGGACCCACCAGAGCUCCCGCACAUUAAAGAGGAGUGUAGCCCCAGUCUGGACCAUGAGGACCCACCAGAGCUCCCACACAUUAAAGUGGAGUGGAGCCCCAGUCUGGACCAUGAGGACCCACCAGAGCUACCACACAUUAAAGUGGAGUGGAGCCCCAGUCUGGACCAUGAGGACCCACCAGAGCUCCCACACAUUAAAGUGGAGUGGAGCCCCAGUCUGGACCUGGAGGACCCACUAGUGCCCCCACACAUUAAAGAGGAGUGGAGCCCCAGUCUGGACCAUGAGGACCCUCCAGAGCCCCCACACAUUAAAGAGGAACAGGAGGAACUCUGGACCAGUCAGGAGGGAGAGCAGCUUCGAGGGCUGGGGGAGGCUGAUACCACCAAGUUCACAUUCACUCAUGUCCCUGUGAAGAGUGAAGAAGAAGAGAAACCUCAGUCCUCACAGCUUUAUCAGAGACUAAAUGAACAGAUGGAAACAGAAUCUGAUGGAGAGGACUGUGGAGGACCAGAACCAGCCACAAACACAGAUCCAGAUAAACAUUUACAAUCAGCUGCUGGGGACAAGACGUCAGACUCUGAGUCUGAGACUGAUGACAGUUGUGAUUGGGAGGAGACCAGGGAACCUCAGUCAGGUUCAAACCUUCUGCAAAAAAAUGAAGUACCUGUUAGUGAUCAGGAAUAUAGUACUGGAAAAACAUCAAGAAGCUCCUCUGAAUGCUCUACAAGCUUUGGCCACAAGGGACUCCAAACAGGAGAGAAACAAUUUAGAUGUUUAGUUUGUGGUAAAGGAUUUGCUCAAACGUCACUCCUGAGACAACACAUGACAGUCCACACAGAGCAGAACCUUUUCAGCUGCCCAGUUUGUAAAAUAAGUUACAGGAGCAAAUGUUCUUUGUCCACACACAUGAGAGUCCACAGAGGGGAGAAACCUUUCAGCUGCUCAGUUUGUAAAAUAAGUUACAGGAGCAAAUGCUCUCUGUCCACACACAUGAGAGUCCACAGAGGGGAGAAACCUUUCAGCUGCUCAGUUUGUAAAAAGAUUUUGGGGAGCAGAUGUGCUUUGUCCAUACACACCAGAAUCCACACAGGAGAAAAACCCUUCAGUUGUUCUGUCUGUGGAAGAAGAUUCAAGCACAGCUCACAUUUGUCCUCACACACAAGAGUUCAUACAGGGGAGAAACCUUUCAGUUGUUCCGUCUGUGGUAAACAAGUUGCACGGAAGGAACAUCUGACGCUGCACAUGAGAGUCCACACAGGAGAGAAACCCUUCAGCUGUUCUGUCUGUGGUAAAGGAUUCGCUCAAAGCUCAAAUGUGAUCUCACAUAUGAGAAUCCACACGGGAGAGAAACCAUUUAGUUGUUCAGUGUGUGGUAAAACAUUCACUCAGCUUCGUGCUGUAAAACAGCACAAGUGUGUCGGUGCGAGCAGCGGAAGUAAAUGAAGCUGCAGAGAAGCUUGUUGAGCCGAUUCCUUCCAGCAGGUUUAAAGUUCUGAGGACAAGACUUGGCUCAACACUGAUGUUGCCUUUAAAGCGGAGCUUCAGGUUUUUCCAGCCUGUCAGAACAGUACAAAGAUGCCAUACGUGCUGAAAUCAUUAUUCAACUGGGUAUCUUCGUCCCGGGACUCGUGUGAAUGUUUGUUUUGUUGCGGCAGUUACUAAGGGACUCCCUGUGCCUCCGCUCAGCGAGUAAACCCAGUCUGUGCAGUCCUAAAGAGGGGGUUUUGUAGAAAAGUAGGAAGAUCCCCACUUGAUCUUUCCAACUCAGACCUGAACUUAACAAUGCAUUUUAUGAUCCCUUACCCAAGGUCUUUUUUAGACUGGGUCUGAACUUUUAGACCUCUUCAGACUCUCUCCAACCAGCAGCAGCAGCUUCUACAUGUGGUUUUCUUUAAAAUCUCACUGAGAUCAGUGUAAAAUGACGUGUUGCUCUCCACGAACACAUCACUGAUUCUGACUCCAGGCUUCAGCUUUAUUCAUGGUUCAUGUGUCUUUAUUUCCUUCCUGAUCCAGCCAGGAGGGUUUCAAGUCCAUCACACUCCAUGUCUUCUUGCCUCUUUAUUUUUCUAAUUAGUUAAUACUUUAAUCACGAUGGUUUCCUAUGAGGCUGCCAAACCACGACUAGAUCUAAAUUGGAAGAGAUUGAACCAACAAAAAAUGUACUGCGAUACUUUUAUUCUGGUAGUGUUGGUUCUGUUGUCUGUUACACCUUCUUGUAAGCAUGAAAACGUGGACUAGUGUUGCACGGUACACCGAUACUUGAAAGGUAUCGCAAUACCCUGACGUUAAAAACAAUACAAUACUGACUAGGGUUGAAACGAUUUAUCGAUAAAAUCGAUUCAUAAAAUUCUUCGACACAAAUUCUUUGCAUCGAUGCUUCGUUGAAUCCAUAUAACUAUACAGCACGGUGUUUCGCAGGGACAUCUAUUACUGUCGCACAUCGCGUUUACGCUGUGAACCCAACGUCAUUAUGUUGGAGCUGUUUGCAAAGUGGGGAAGAGAGAGAAAACAGCGAGGGACAAAAAAGAAAGUGUCCAAAGUCUGGGAUUAUUUCAAGCUAAAGAAAACAACAUCUCUGUAAUGUUACCGUCCGUCCACCUUAAAACUUAUGUUGCCUCGGCAACAGUAUGACGGCGCCUUAUCAGAAGGCGGCCGGUGCUCUGUCAGCGGACCACAGACAAGGUAACAGUAACAGCAACUUUAGCAUUGAACUGAAAUCAUGACUGACUGUUGAGUUGAAGCCAAAGUAAGCUGCAGUCCUCAGCUGAAAAUGUGACCACGUGCGU